AUGACCGCGCCACUGAACGCACGAUACGAACUGCGAACUUCGGAUAAAUUCGGCAGAUACAUAGUUGCCGCGAAAGAUUUGAAGGCAGGCGAGACAAUCUUCUCGGAUGAGCCGUUUGUUCUGGGGCCCAACAGCGACAGCUCGCUUGUAUGCUUCAACUGCUACUUACCUUUACUCAGCAAGUUUGUCGUCUGUAAGAAAUGCGCAGUUGCUCCGAUAUGUCCCGGAGAGGGUUGCCCUGAACAACUACACAAGACAUGGCACUCCGAUAUGGAAUGCGAUUUCUUCAGGAGUAUUAAACUGACCAAUGGAUUACACCCGAUGACGAUGGUUCAAAAUGUCGGGUCUCUUUUAGCAUUGCGUGCUUUUAUGAAAAAAACCACUGAUCCUGCAGCUUGGAAGGAGUUCAUGGAAAUGGAAACUCAUUUGGAAGAAAGAAAGGGCACUAAAGUUUGGGAAUUUUCGGAAAAUACAGUCAAGUUCAUUCAGUCUCUCAGCAUCAUGGACGAUAUACCGGACUCUGAAUUAAUCCAAAAGAUUUGCGCAGUUAUUGAUGUGAACAGUUUCGAAGUCCGUGGCCCGCCCCUCCCAGCUCUCGGAUGCGCAGAAGUUUUGCGCGGAGUCUACUUGAAAGCAGCGCUACUUGCGCAUGAUUGCGUGGGUAACACACACAUGUCGAUAAACGACAACAAUCUGUUGGUUUGCCACGCUAGCACUAACAUUAAUAAGGGAGAACCCAUUUUCUACAAUUACACGGAUCCCUUGAAGGGCACAUCCAUUCGCCAACAGCAUUUAUUGAUCGGUAAAUAUUUCAAGUGCAGCUGUCGUAGAUGUGCCGAUGCCACAGAGAUUGGGACCUACAUGAGCUCCGUCAUGUGUCCUGAAUGUAAGACCGGCUACGUGUCGCGCAGUACUCCUGGAGAAUGGACUUGUAACAACUGCAGCAAAACUUUUGAGGACACAAAUAUUGGAUUCAAAGUUCAAUGCUGCAUGGAUAAGUUUGGAGUUAUAAACAAGAAAGAUGAGAAAGAGCUCGAAGAAUACAUUAGAAAUGUUUCGCUGAUACUUGCUCCUAACCACUACCUACUGCUGGAGGCCAAGCAACGGCUAGCUGGUGUACUGAGAGACACUAUUAACAGAGAGCCGAGACCCACAAAGAAAUUAAUGAGACGAAAAAUGGAACUCUGCAAAGAAAUACUUCCUGUACUUGAAAUUCUUUGCCCUGGAAUAUCUAGAACGAAAGCAAUCACGCUCUACGAACUUCAUGCCGCAAUGGUACAGUUGGCGAAAAAGCUCUUUGACGGCCGAGAAAUUACGGGCACAGCGUAUAUGGAUGAAUUAAUGUUGGCUGAGAAAUAUUUGAAGAGGUCUUUAGAAAUGCUCUUUAUUGAGCCAGGCAACUCCCCUGAAGGUGAAUUAUGCGCUAAAGCACUAGAAGAAUAUAGAGUUUUGAAAACGACUAUGAGUAGUGUGCUGGAUGCUAUACACGCUGAAGGAAAAUGUUAUGUUAGUCCCGUAGAAGCAAAUGGCUCUGAAACACAAUAA